UAAAUGCAUUGCAAAGCCAUAAACUGUCGUGCUACUACUGCCCCUGAUUUUCGGUGUUGAAACCCCCGUUCGGUCUUUUCGUACGGCACUAAAGCUGAAGAGGAAACAUGCCGGCCAAAGGUCCUCUGCAAUCGGUCCAGGUUUUCGGACGCAAAAAAACAGCCACCGCUGUUGCUCACUGCAAGAGGGGGAAUGGCCUCAUCAAGGUGAACGGCAGACCCCUGGAGAUGAUUGAGCCAGCCACUCUCCAGUACAAGCUUCUGGAGCCAGUGCUGCUGCUGGGCAAGGAGCGCUUUGCUGGAGUUGACAUCCGAGUCCGAGUGAAGGGUGGUGGACAUGUCGCACAGAUCUACGCUAUCCGUCAGUCCAUCUCCAAAGCCCUGGUCGCAUACUACCAGAAAUAUGUGGAUGAGGCCUCCAAGAAGGAGAUCAAGGACAUCUUGAUCCAGUACGACAGGACCCUGCUGGUUGCCGACCCUCGUCGCUGCGAGUCCAAGAAGUUCGGUGGACCAGGAGCCCGUGCCCGCUACCAGAAGUCUUACCGUUAACCUCUCUGUACAUUUUCAUGUAAUAAAGUUGAGGAAGAAAAUA